AUGUAUCUCGCGAGAUACACAAAGCUUCCUACUGGUUCCAGAGCUGCUUCCUGUACCGGAUUUUUUUUUUCUGCCAAAUUUUCUACAACUGUUUUGACGGAAUUUGGAGCACAAGUCACACGUCGACAAACCUGCACCUGGGAUGAUUUAACGCUGCAAUCCCCCGAUGAAAACGAGGGAUCACCUGUGCUAGGACAGAGGCCUAAAACCUGUCAUCUGUCCGAAGACGCUUCCUAUAGGAACCAGGAGCCAGGAACCAGGGCCGAAUCAGCCUCCAGUCUCAACCGGGAGAGCUUUAAAACAUAUAUUACAGUCAUGACUCCGUCUCUAAUCUUGUUCCAGCUCGUUCACUAGACCAUUUUCUCAGUCAAAGAGGUUUUUCCGACCGACCAAUGCUUACCUGUCCGACUGGGAGCAGCUUCUCUUGUCCUCUUGUCAUCCGCCUACUUUAACAGAACUCCCUGAGACAUGACAGACUCUGAAAACUAAACCUUCUCAACACCUAGUUUCUAACGUAUUGCGUCAUUUCAAGGAAAUUACUCGUCGUCCGUGAAUUUCUCGGUAAAAAAAUAGAAAAGGAAAAUAGUAAAAAUAGUCAGUUAUGGCACCGAAGAAACCUCGACCAGUCCCACUGAACAUCACGCCUACAGGAGAAGGACAACAGUCCACCAACGCUGAUGCUGCCUCAGAAGCUAAUCUGGAGGCUUUGCAGAAGAAAUUAGGGGAGCUGGACCUGGAUGAGCAGCAGAGGAAGCGUCUCGAAGCCUUCCUCACCCAGAAGGCUCAAGUGGGUGAGCUGAAAGAUGACGACUUUGAGCCCAUUUGUGAGCUUGGUGCCGGGAAUGGAGGAGUAGUCCACAAAGUGCGCCACAAACCCUCCAGACUGGUUAUGGCGAGAAAGCUUAUUCAUUUGGAAAUCAAACCAGCAAUCCGGAACCAGAUUAUUCGUGAGCUGCAGGUGCUACAUGAGUGUAACUCGCCCUACAUAGUGGGCUUCUAUGGAGCUUUCUACAGUGAUGGGGAGAUCAGUAUCUGUAUGGAGCAUAUGGACGGAGGCUCACUGGAUCAGGUACUAAAAGAAGCUAGAAGAAUUCCAGAGGAAAUCUUGGGCAAAGUUAGUAUUGCAGUACUCCGAGGACUUGCCUAUCUCCGUGAGAAGCACCAAAUAAUGCACCGAGACGUGAAGCCCUCCAACAUCCUGGUGAACUCGCGUGGUGAAAUCAAGCUGUGCGACUUUGGCGUGAGCGGCCAGCUCAUCGACUCCAUGGCCAAUUCCUUUGUGGGAACACGCUCAUACAUGUCGCCAGAGAGGCUCCAGGGCACUCACUAUUCAGUGCAGUCUGAUGUGUGGAGCAUGGGUCUGUCACUGGUAGAGCUGGCCAUUGGUCGCUACCCCAUCCCCCCACCUGACGCUAAGGAGUUGGAGGCCAUCUUUGGGCGACCAGUGCUGGACGGAGCAGGGACAGCGGGGCACAGCAUGUCCCCAAGACCCAGACCUCCAGGACGCCCCAUUAGUGGACAUGGAAUGGACAGCAGGCCAGCCAUGGCUAUAUUUGAGCUACUGGACUACAUUGUCAAUGAGCCCCCACCUAAGCUGCCACAUGGUGUAUUUACCUCAGACUUCCAGGACUUUGUGACAAAAUGCCUCAUGAAGAACCCUGCUGACAGAGCUGACCUGAAGAUGUUGAUGGGCCACACGUUUAUCAAGCGUGCAGAAGUGGAUGAGGUGGACUUUGCUGGCUGGUUGUGCAAAACCAUGGGUCUGAAUCAGCCAAGCACUCCCACUCGUACCUCUGAAUGAACUCCAGUCAAGCCACAUACACCGUCCCCAUCACCCUCUCUGCUCUUUCCUUUUCUCCCUUCUGUUCUUUUUUCCUGCUUGUUUAGCCUGGUCAGGCCAACUCACUUCUCCUUGUUCCUCCUCACUAACUCUGUUGUUGCCGCAGGGCUUUCUGCAGGUACUGGUUCAUGAGAGGUCGUGAUUUUCAUUGGUACAACUGUCCAUUUAACUGAAUUUAGGUUCAUACAUGUCUUGCCUUGCAUUAAGAGCAUAUUUAAGAUCUCAGAGCAGUUAUUUGGGAAUGUUUCAGGUAUGGCAUUACAGCACUGGUUGUAUACUGUAUAAUGCAUAUUUUUACUAUGAUUUUUCAGGUGUUACAUUUGCACUCUGGUUUAAAUGCUACGCAGUGAUUGUGUUAUCGUGAUGCUGCAUAAAAACAGCAGUCUGGUCAAUUCUUUCGUUUCAGAAUAUACAUUUCUGUUCUACUAUUUUGUGUUGAACAGUUUUAAACCAAAGAGGGCUACUGCAGAUCACACUGAUAAUGAUUCUCUGGUAAUUUAUGGGCUGGAUAUGUCUACAAAGAUUAAUUCAUGAAGCUGAACUGCUACUACCACAUGGUUGAAAUCUGACAUUGCAAGACCAGGAUGUUUGGUGACGUAUCAGUCAUUGAUGUUGCUAUAAUGUGGAGAUUUAAACAGCUUCCACUAUAAAACUAUAUGUCCAUUCUAAAACUAUAUGGCUAUUAUAUCCCAAAAUAAGGAAAUACAGCCCAUCUGCAUUUUAACACAAAAAUUUAGAUGUCUUUCUGUUAGCAGUAAGAGAUGUAACACUCUCUUACUAUUUUUAUAUCAUACAGAAAGGCACAUUUACUUAAACUUUUUUUUUUUGUCUGAUGCUUAGGUUUGCCGUUUGAACGUUCUGUUUAAUGCUGUAACUUUUUGCACCAUUGGGUAUUUUGGGAAAGUUUUUUUAUGGUUUGAUGUUGUAUAAUUUUGCCAACUACACAAAGUCUGAUAAUUUUUUGCUCUUUAGAUAAACCAGGAUUGCACUCCACAUUACAGAUCCCAUAGUCUAUAGACUUUACAUCCUCAGCAAGCUCUGUUUAUUAUAAGUUAAUAAAGAAUUUGCGUAGUACACAUUUCACUAAGUCGUGAUUAAUGUAACGUACUAUGCAAGCAAAUGUAUAUUAAUAUAAAUGCAGAGAGUUAGUGGAUGGCUGAUAUAAGGUAAGAUUGUAGGCCCGUUGGUGGCUGAUGGCCUUGGCUGUGUGUCUUUUUCAAUAUUCAAUUUCUUCAAAACAAAAUGGGGAAUAGUAUAGGCUUAGAACAUGGUUCACAUUCGGUUGAAAAAGACAAACGGUUUUGUGAUUAUUUUUAUGAUUUUUUAUUUAAUUUUUUUUGUGAGACUGAACAUCAUAAUGUUGGACCUGUAUUACGAUCAUACCUGGCAUUCAUCUCAAACCAAAUGAAUGCAGAUGCACAUGUGUAUAAAAUAUAUAUACAGUACUGGUGGUACUGUUUCAGUCUUAAAAACAUUUUUUUGAUUGAUUUAGGAAAAAUUGGAAGGUCAUUUUUAUUAUCAUCUGAAAUUUGUUGAGUACAAUUCUAAUAACAUGAAUAAAAUCUUAUUUGUGGCAGUA